AUGGAUUACCAGAAUCGAGCUGGUUCCAAAUUCGGUGGCGGUGGUGUCGCCGACCGCUCCGCAACCAACGCGGAUCGUCGUGAGCGUCUGCGCAAACUCGCCCUCGAAUCGAUCGACCUGGAAAAGGACCCUUAUUUCUUCAAAAACCACGUCGGAAGCUUUGAGUGCCGACUUUGUUUGACAGUCCACCAAAAUGACGGCUCAUAUCUUGCCCACACCCAGGGCAAAAAGCAUCAGACCAACCUCGCCCGACGUGCUGCGCGCGAACAGCGUGAGGGCAAGAACCAGGAUCCAUCAUCUCUUCCUGGUGCUAUGGGAGUGCAGGUGAAGAAACAGACUAUCAAGAUUGGACGACCCGGUUAUAAGAUCACAAAAGUCCGUGACCCUUUGACUCGCCAAACGGGUUUACUGUUCCAGUUGCAGUAUCAGGAGAUUACACCCGGUGUUUCCCCAAGGGUACGCUUUAUGUCUGCUUUCGAACAGAAGGUUGAGGAUCCCGAUAAGAACUUCCAAUACCUUGUUAUUGCUGCGGAACCGUACCAGACUUGCGGAUUCAAGCUCCAGGCAAAGGAAGUUGACCGUCGCGAGGGCCGUUAUUGGACUUGGUUUGACGAGGAUAGCAAGGAAUUCUGGGUGCAGAUCAUGUUCAAGACUGAACGAGAGGAGCGCUUUACUGGUGUCCCAGGUUUGGCGCCCAUGCGGAUAUGA